UCACACAUGUUGAUAGAGAUUUCCAAAUACGUGCACAAACCAACCAGCUGAUACGGGUGUAUACUAUUCGGAUUGUUUACAGUUGGAGAAAAGACAAAAACGAGAGCUCUCCCAAUUUUCCUCUGGUGGAUCCACUCUGGUAUCGACUUGUUGAGAGGGAUCAUCAUCAUCGAGAGCAUUUUAUUCUCACAAAACCAUACCUGCUAGGGUCGCCUCUAAACAUAGAAUAAAAAAUGACGGCUCUGACGUGUGAUGAUGGACAAACAAGGGUCCGAUUUCACAACCGGGUGCAAUUCAAAACAAUACGGCACGUUUCGGACUUUUUAGACCAGGAGAUAAUCGAUGGGUGGUACGACAAGGAUGAUUUCAACCAAAUGUCAGACGACGUUUCAAAAAUCGCUGCGCUGAUCGGAGAUGGGAAAACGAGCAUCAAUKGAGAAGAAUUGUGCGUUCGUGGGCUGGAGCACAUUGUUGAAGAAGAGCUGGCGGACUUUCGAGCGCAGAAAAUGAUCAACUCCAUCGACGCGGUGUUGGACGAGCAAGAAGAUCAAUGGGACGAAGGAAUAGAAGAUCCAGAAGCAAUCGCCGAAAUGUAUGCAGAAUAUGCAAAACCACUGCUAAAAGAAGCGCAUGAAAUAGGUUUGAAAGAUGCCGAAGAAGGCUAUAAGACUUGGGAUGAUUUGUUCGAAGAUCCACUGUACCGAAGACAGACUGAAAACCAAACGAAAACGAAACCAGAGAAAAAAGAGAAUACAGAAACAAACAACGAAGAAGAAAAAUCUAAGCCAAAGAAAAAGAAGAAAAAUAACAAAAAGCAAAAAGCAGAAAAACAAGAUGAGAAUUCUGAGAAAGAUAUACCACCGACAUCUUUCUCGGAUCGAUCUGAAGAUCCAUCGACAACCGUAUCGCCAUCGUCAGUGCGUUCCAUCAAGGAGUCGCCAUUGCGUCAACCCAAACCUGUCAGCAGUAUCAGGAGUUUGCAGUCGUUUGAAGCCUCGGUUACGUUGCACGAUAGCGUCGACUUGGACAUGGAGGAAGGCGAGGAACUGAAGGGGCAGAGCGAUGAACUUAGGAAAGAGGUGGAGACUGAUGGUGAUCACAAAAAAGAUGCUUCACCUAGUAAGCAACGCAAAACCAAACCAAGAAGGACUCUUGCGGAUCGGAAACAUGGUUCGGAGCUCUCUCCGUUUUAUUAUAGGAGGGACGGAACCCUUGCGUUCAAGAAACACGACGUGGAAAAGGCGAGACGAGAACAAAAAGAAAAAAGGAAGAACGCUGUUUCCGAGUCUUUGUCAGGUCUAUUGAAAGAUGACGACGAAGACGACUUUCUAGCGGGUAUUCUUUCUGGUAAAUCCAAGAGACCUUCGAGCUCUGCUGCUGACGACGAAGAUGACUUUCUAGCAGGUAUUCUUUCUAGCAAACCCAAGAGACCUUUGAGCUCUACUACACGAAGAGUGUUUCGAAAUCGAUGAAGAACGAUGAUCAGUCAUAGCUCGAUAAAAGACACCGAACUAACGAGAAAGCGCCAUCAUCUGAAUGCAAAUUUUCAUUAAUUCAGACCAAUUUUGAACAUUGCAGUGUUACCGUGACUUUCCAUUUCGAAAGCGCAUUGUUUUGGGUGGUCUAAUUCAUAAAAUCACGAAAACCGUGUGUCUUCUUUGUUGAAUCGAGGAGUGACUGCACGUGCACUAGCAAGCGGGAGCCUUCCUAUCGUAUAGAAUACGGUAACAGUGACACAUUCAUGGUGGUUUGUUCAUGUACUACGAACGAACAAGCUAACGAUGCACCAAAUGAAGCAGAUAGAUUCGAGAAAAGCGUUUUUACUUUUCAGCAGUCCAUGAAGGUUGUAAAAUAAUAUACAUAGCCAUUG